GUGGUGGUCUAUUUUUAACGGUGCGAAAAAUUGAUUAUUCGGUGGUUCCAGUAUUGUGAGUUCGGGAAAAACGUGAACGUUUGGUUCCGGCACAAGUGUAGCGAAGAACCCGCUGGGCGACCGUGCGGCCGGAAGAUGGCCUGGCUACGGCAGGUUUGUAGUGUGCUGAAUCGCAAUGGUUUGCCACUGCCAGUGAAGGCCGUAUCGUAUCCGGGCCUCUGGGCAACCGAGUCGAUCAAUCACCGGAGGUUGCUUGCAAGCCUCGCCUCGGGCAAAGCAAUAGUGCCGACCGGAAGUGAUCGGAUCCUGUCGUUCACGGAUUGGCAGGACUCCAAUCGACAGCGACGGAGAGGCUACAAAAACUUUGGUCAUCAGCACGAGAAGGAACCGUUCAUCACGAAGCUGUUCUACGUUUUUCUCUUCACCAUGAUCGUGUUGCCGUGUGUGGACUGGAAAAAACUGAGGGGCGCCAUCGGCUUGCCGAAAGUGGAUGCCGAUGCCGGCGUGGAGAUGGGCAAGAAAGACGACCACAAGGAGCUGCAGCAGGACGACGAAGACGGCGACGGCGAUGGUGAAGUGGAUGCCCAGGGCCGGAAGAAGCCCCGUAAGGAAAAGAUAGGUUUUCGCGAUCGCAAGAUCAUUGAGUAUGAGAACCGCAUCCGCCAGUACUCGACACCGGACAAAGUGUUCCGCUACUUUGCCACCAUCCAAGCGCCGCAAGGCGCCGGGGAGAGCGUUGAGGUGUUCAUGACUCCGAUCGAUUUCCUCACUAGCAUGACACCGGGAAUGAAGCAACCAGAGGGCCUAGGACUGGAUCAAUACAAGCGCUACGAUUCGAAGAGCGUGUCGACGCGCCUGGAUCUGCACCUGGACAGCGACAGCAUCUUCUACAAGCUGGGCGCCUACGGGUUGAUCUCGUUCUCCGACUACAUUUUUCUGCUGACCGUUCUGUCAACGUCCCGGCGACACUUUGAGAUAGCUUUCCGGAUGUUUGACCUGAACGGGGACGGUGAUGUCGACAGUGAAGAGUUUGAAAAGGUCGCCAAUCUGAUCCGGCAGCAAACUAGUAUUGGUAACAGACACAGAGAUCAUGCAAAUACGGGCAACACGUUUAAAGUAAAAAAAGGUGUCAACUCGGCACUGACGACCUACUUCUUUGGGCCGAAAAACGAUGAAAAGCUGACGAUCGAGAAGUUUCUGGACUUUCAGCAGCAACUGCAGCGCGAAAUUUUGACCCUCGAGUUUAUGCGCAAAAAUCCGGACGAAAACGGUAACAUCAGUGAGGCCGACUUUGCCGAGCUCCUGCUGGCGUACGCCGGCUACCCGCAGAAGAAGAAGGUGAAGAAGAUCAAGCGCGUCAAGAAGAGGUUCCGUGAUCAUGGUUCCGGCAUUUCAAAGGAGGACUAUUUGAACUUUUUCCACUUUCUGAACAACAUCAACGACGUUGACACGGCACUAACGUUUUACCACAUUGCCGGCGCUUCGAUUGAUCAGGCCACACUGAAGCACGUUGCCAAAACGGUUGCGCUGGUCGAGCUUUCCGAUCACGUGAUCGACGUAGUUUUUACGAUCUUUGACGAAAACAUGGACGGACAGCUGAGUAAUCGCGAGUUUGUGGCAGUGAUGAAAAACCGUCUGCUACGGGGGCUGGAGAAACCGAAGGAUACCGGUUUCGUGAAGCUGAUGCACUCGAUUCUGAAGUGCGCAAAAGACACCAAACCCGUUCUUCUAGAUCUGUAAACGAAAUCUUCUUUAGCAAUUCUUUUAGCAUUCGCCUAGUUCGAAGAAACCCCUCAAGUCAAUCAAAUACAGGUAGAGAGCGAUCUUGCCCGGGACCUAUAUGUGUUACCUAUCGAUAAGUUUUUCUUAAUUUUAAAUACAGUCAACAAAGUGUUUGUGAAAGUCCUGCGAGGGCCAUCUUGUAAGAGCCAUAACCAACCUUGACGCUUGUUAUUCGCUUCUCAAUUUCUCCAUUUCCAGUUUGUAACUAAUCCAGAAAUGUCAUCUCAAUGAAUC